UCGUUAGUCGUUAGUCAGUUCGUCACUCGAUGCAGCCACAGUCGCGAAUCGCGAAUCUUGACUCGUUCGCUUUUUGUUUGUUUGGCAAAAACUGGCGUUGAUGAUGUGCUACUGUUGCCAAUUAACUGCUUGUCUGUUAGCUACCUACCUCUAAUAGCAAAACAUGUGCUCUCGCGAAACGUUUGUUUUGGUGAAAUCUCCAGCAAUAAUUGUCAACGGUUUUGACCUUCCUGCGUGAUACGACGAACUAAGAUAGUUCUCGGGGUGAUAACGUGUCGUUGUGGCAAAUUUGUUUGUGAUCGAUCGAUAAUAAUAAAAGGUGGUACCCAAAAUGGCUCACCGGGAGAAGAUACGAUCCUAUUAUACCUUCGGAGGACGAGCAGCAGCUAAAGAGGGUGACGGGGCUACCGUGAAGGGGGGUGCCGGUGGUGCUGAAUCCGGCGAGGACGACGUCACCGACGAGAUGUUGCUGUCGACGGCGGAAGCGUCCAGCCUCUCGGCCCAGGAAGUGGCCGCCCGGUUACGAGUGGACGUCCGGGCGGGGCUUCGAUGGGCGGAAGCCAACAGCCGAUCGAAAAUCGUCGGCUACAACGAACUGAACGCCCUCGACGAGGAACCCACGUGGAUGAAGUACGUGGAGCAGUUCAAAAAUCCACUCAUAUUGUUACUAUUAGGCUCGGCGGUCGUGAGUGCGUGCAUGAGACAGUUUGACGAUGCUAUCAGUAUUACGAUAGCGAUUAUUAUCGUUGUCACAGUGGCAUUUAUUCAGGAGUAUAGAUCUGAGAAGAGCUUGGAGGAGCUGAAGAAGCUGGUGCCCCCAGAAUGUCACUGCCUCCGAGAGGGCCGACUGGAAACAUUCUUGGCGCGGAAUCUGGUACCGGGCGACAUCGUGUAUCUGAACGUGGGCGAUCGAGUUCCGGCAGACAUCCGGGUGUUCGAGGCGUACGACCUGUCGAUCGACGAGUCUAGCUUUACCGGUGAAACGGAACCGGCCCGAAAGAGCACCGAGGUGGUGCUGAAUGCCAACAACACCAAAAACCACGCCAGCAUGAAGAAUAUCGCCUUCAUGGGAACGCUGGUGCGAUGCGGAAAUGGAAAGGGCGUUGUGGUGAGCACGGCCGAGAAGAGUGAGUUCGGGGAAGUGUUCAAGAUGAUGCAGGCAGAGGAAGCUCCCAAAACGCCGAUGCAGAAAUCUAUGGACAUCCUCGGGGCGCAGUUGAGUUUCUACUCGUUCUGCAUCAUCGGAGCCAUCAUGCUGCUUGGGUGGAUCCAGUCCAAGCCGCUGGUCGAGAUGUUUACCAUCAGUGUGAGCUUGGCCGUUGCUGCCAUUCCAGAAGGUUUACCGAUCGUUGUGACGGUGACACUUGCCCUGGGCGUUAUGCGUAUGGCCAAACGGAACUGCAUUGUCAAGAAGUUGCCCACGGUCGAAACUCUGGGUUGCGUAACGGUCAUCUGUUCGGACAAAACUGGCACCAUUACGAAGAACGAAAUGACCGUUACCGUAAUCAUCACAUCCGAUGGAUACAUGGCCGAUGUUACCGGGGCCGGGUACAAUGACAACGGCGAAAUUCACAUCCGCGAUUGCAACAGCAUGGACAACGCCAAACGCAGCAUCAACACCUUACUUGAGGCUGGUGUUGUGUGCAAUAAUGCGAUUAUCCAAAACGACACAUUGCUCGGACAACCAACUGAAGGAGCCCUGCUGGCAGCGGCCAUGAAAAACGGUCAAUACUCGGCGGCAGAGAAUUUUCUACGGAUACAGGAGUAUCCGUUCAGUUCCGAGCAGAAAAUGAUGGCCGUUAAGGCCGUCCCCAAGUAUGAAAACAACAAGGAGGAAAUCUACUUUGUAAAAGGGGCCAUCGAAAUGGUCCUUCCGCAGUGUACCAAAUUCUGGUACGGAGGCCAGGCGAUAACGUUAAGCAAGCAAGACGAAGCCGAAUUUCUACAGGAAGCUUACGAAAUCGGAAGAAAAGGUUUGCGAGUGCUCGCCCUGGCAAAAGGCUCCUCGUUCCAAGAUCUGGUUUAUCUGGGUCUGGUAGGUAUCACCGAUCCUCCUCGGCCCCUAGUCCGAGAAUCGAUCGAAAUGCUACGAUCAAGCGGAGUUUUGGUAAAAAUGGUCACCGGAGACUCACAAGAAACUGCGAUGGCUAUUGCCUCCAAGAUCGGGCUGGACAUCGUGCACAUGCAGGCCCUCUCCGGGCACGAUCUGGACCAGAUGAGCGAGAUUCAGCUGGAGAAGGCCAUCAACGCGGUAAGCGUAUUCUACCGGGUGACACCGAAGCACAAACUUGCGAUCGUCAAGGCGCUGCAGCACAACGGACACAUCGUCGGCAUGACCGGAGACGGAGUCAACGAUGGGGUGGCAUUGAAGCGUGCCGACAUCGGCAUCGCCAUGGGCAAAAACGGUACCGACGUCUGCAAAGAGGCUGCCGACAUGAUCCUGGUGGAUGACGAUUUCCACACUAUUAUAGCGGCCAUUGAGGAAGGCAAAGGAAUUUUCUGGAACAUUCGUAACUUCGUACGCUUUCAACUAAGUACGUCGAUCGCGGCUCUGUCUUUGAUAGCUCUGUCGACACUGAUGGGGAUUUCAAACCCGUUGAAUGCUAUGCAGAUUCUGUGGAUCAACAUCAUUAUGGAUGGGCCGCCGGCACAGUCGCUAGGAGUGGAACCCGUAGAUCAGGACGUGCUCAAACAGAAACCUCGCAACGUUAAACAGCCCAUGAUCUCGAAGUCGUUGAUCAUCAACGUACUGCUGUCGGCCGGUAUCAUCAUCCUAGGAACGCUGUGGGUCUUUCAACGGGAAAUGAACGACGGAACCGGUGUCACUAGCCGGGAUACCACGAUGACAUUCACCUGCUUCGUCCUGUUCGACAUGUGGAACGCGCUGAGCUGUCGGUCCCAGACCAAGAGCGUAUUCCAGAUCGGCCUCUUCACCAACAAGAUGUUCCUGCUGGCGGUCGGAUUUUCUCUGCUCGGGCAGCUGCUGGUUAUCUACUUCCCUCCUCUGCAGAUGGUAUUCCAAACCGAGGCUCUGUCCGCCAUGGAUCUGGUGUUCCUCGUUUCGCUUACCUCGAGCGUGUUCAUCGUGUCCGAGCUGAAGAAGUGGUUCGAGCGAACAAUGGAACGGCGAAUGUACAGGAAGCGCAGCGAGCUGGAUUUUGUAUGACAAACAGCUCACGCUGGAAGAUUGCAUAAGGAUUAAAACACCGAUGACCAAACUUGAACAAGCUGAAUCGUUUUGCUAAAACAACAUCAACAACAAGAAACCGCAUCGGCACAUAUUUUACACAAAGGAAAACAACACAAAAACACACAGACACACACAGAAAAUAAAUAGAAGGAGACACAGAAAACACAAUAUUCUACAAACAAUAUGUAAGAGACUUAUUUAAGCUUAAUGUUGAAAAUCAGAAGUAAAAUUAGACGAAACAAACAAACUCAGACAGCAAAAACCGAAAGAGAGGAACUGUAGAAGGUUAAGCGAAAAUUGGAUCGACGAAAGAUUGCGUUUCCACUGUAAACGGUAUUUUCAAAACUCAAUAAAAGCAGUCUCAAUCUUCACUAUAAAAAAAAAAAGAAACUGACGCUACCCAGACUUACAGUAAUCACACAUUCGCUAAGGGUGUUGACAUAGUUUUUACUUAUUUACACAAUCGAGAAAAGAUGGAAAAAAAUGUAAGGGAAGAACGAAAGUGGUAUGAUAUUUUUAGAAGGAAAAAAAUAGCAUUAUCAUUAGACAAGUAUUUGUAUGUUUUGCGAAGCAAAAUGUUGACAUCGCCAUUAUUGGUUUAACUCUCAUUAUUUAUACAAUAACAGUGAAAAGAAUAAGUAAAAAAGAAUUACAUUUACAAGGUUCAUUUCUGUCACGCUGUGCAUCACUGAUGAUGGCUGAAGUGCUCAAUCGAGUAGUAGCAAGAAGGAACUUCAAAUCGCAGCGACUCCUUUUUUAUACACAUACACACAUAUACACCUUCGGUUUUUUCUUGUCGUGAGAAACAACACAUGAGACUAGCUUUUCCCCCCUCCUUUGCUUAAAAGGGUGCGGGGGGGAAAACGAAACUAUAUUUCAAUGUAGCUAAUUAUCGUAGUAAUUAUAAUUAUUAUAUAUGCAAGUGUAGUGCAGACAAUACAACAAGACAUGAUGAACGUAUAAUUGUAAGAUUUUACAGCUAUGAUUUUGAGUUUUUUGGUUUUUUAUUUUAUUUUGAAAGAACUGUUCAUUUUCUUUGUAUAAGUUAAAACUGUUUCUUUGUUGCCUUCUUCUAUGUGCCUAUAUCUAGUUCCUAAUUAGUCUCAAUGCAUUUAAAAUAGGUUUUAUUUCUAAUGCCUAUCAUAAGAUCCUUUCCUGGUCCUCUUAAACUACCAUGUUCGUGAAAGUUUUAGUUUCCGAUAGAUUAUACACUUUUGUCAUCGAAAUGGGAAAAAAAUAGAAUUCCUAUUUUUCCCCUGUAUCUUUGAGACAUUCUUGAAAUGUCAAAACGAUUUUGAUCCAUGUGUUUCCACAAUACAUCCGCUGAAAGUUUUAACUCAUCAAUUUUCAACUGAUUGCGAUUUAAGAUUUGUAUUUUUUUAGUAGUUCAAAAUUUAGAAUUCAGACAAAGAACAAGAUUCAGAUUCAGAGCUCAAGAUUUAUAACUUUGAGUUCAGAGCUCAGAAUCCAGAACUCAGAGUUCAGAAUUCAAAAUAAAGAACUCGGAAAUUCAGAACUUAGAACUCAAAACUUGUAACUCAGAAUUUGGAACUCACAAUUCAAAACUCACAAUUCAGAACUCAAAAAUCAAUACCCAAAAUUCAUAAUUUGAAACUAAGAAUUCUUAAUUCAGAACUCCGAAUUUGCAACUCAGAAUUCAAAACCUCUGAACUCAGAAUUUAGUUCUUAAAUUUAUAACUCAGAAUUCAGAAUUCUGAGCCCUGAAUACACAGAAUUCAAAAUAUAGAACUCAGAAUUUGGAACUUAGAAUUCAGAGGUCAGAAUUCGAAACUCAGAAUUCAGAACAACGAAUAAUUCAGAAUUCAAAACUCAGAACGCAGAAUUCGGAACUUAGAAUUAAGAAUUCAGAAUUCAAAGCUCGGAAUUCGGAACUCAGAGUUUAGAACUAAUAAUUCUGAAUUCAGAACUCAGAAUUCAAAACUCAGAGUUUAGUACUCAGAAUUCAUAACUAAGAAACCUCAUAAUUCGGAACUCAGAAUACCAAACACAGAAUUCAGAACAAAAAAAUCAGAUAGAAGAAUUCAGAGCUCAGAAUCCCGAACGAAGAAAUCAGAACUUAGAACUUAGAACGCAUAAUUCAGAAUAUCGAACGCAGAAUUCAAUACUCAGAAUUCAAAAUUUAUAGCUCAGAAUUCAGAACUCAGAUUUCUUAACUUAGAAUUCUGAACACAGAAUACCGAACUCUGAAUACACAAAAUUCAGAAUAUGGAACUCAGAAUUUGAAACUUAGAAUUCCAAGCUCAGAAUUCGGAACACAGAAUUCAGAACAACGUUUAAUUCAGUAUUCAAAAAUCAGAACGCAGAAUUCAGAAUUCGGAUCUCAGAAUUCAGAGUUCAAAGCUCGGAAUUCAGAACUCAGAAUUUAGAACUAAUAAUUCUGAAUUCAGAACUCAGAAUUUAGAACUCAGAAUUCAUAACUAAGAAAACGCAUAAAUCAGAACUCCGAAUACCAAACACCGAAUUCAGAACGAAAAUACCUGGUAAAAGAUUUCAGAGCUGGGGAUUUUUUUUUAUUAUCUGACGGGUUUGCGCCGGGGGUCUUCAGAUUUUCCCCAAAAUUGAAAAUUUGGUUCAUUUUUGCGACUUAAAAACACAUGUAUUUUUUCAGAUUUCUAACAUUUUUAUUUUUUGAGUUAGCUUCGGUUAGAUUUUUUUAUAUAUAAAAAAUAACCAUUUUUCAAAGCUACAUAACUUUGUUGUUUCUCAACGGAAAUUAUAAAAUAGCACAUCAAAAUGCAUUGAAAUUUUAUCAGCUUUCCAAAUAGAAUAGUUGAAAAAAAUUAAAUAAUGACCUUCAACAUGAAAAGUUGUAAAUAAACUUUAAAUGGCGUCAAAAAGUACCGUCUGCACCACCGAAUAUUUUGCAAAAAAUACCAUUGUGUAGCUCGAUUCAUGAUGCAACUUUCAUCUGAAGACACCAAAGUGGGCCAUUAACACCUUGAAGAGUUAUGAAAGAAAUAAUGACAAUAAAUCUCUUUUUUUGCAUCGAAAACAAACAAUGGUCGAACAACUGCACUCACAUAUGGAGAUAGCAAGCACUUCUAACAACAUGGAAACAAAAGAACUUAUCAAAGCUGGUAAAAAACACUAUUUUUUCGUCCUUUUCAGACUGCCCUUACUCGCAUAACAGUCCCAUAUGAAUUUUCGUCAUUUUAGGUCAACAUAAGGCUUCAACAUAAAAGACUAAAAAAAGAGGUUUUGUUCUAGAAAUUUCAAAAAAAAAAUAUCAAUUCGUGGCAGUCCUAUAUGAAAUAUACCUGAAUAACAGUCCCAUAUGUGAAAUACCACGGAUUUGGUUACUUUUCAAUGUUUCUUUCGGCGAAAUAGUCUUUGGUUUAUUGCUUUGAAUCAUUUAAACAUUUUUUUAACUCACUUGAUGUCGAAUGAUGUACACUAGUUUUCGAAGGCAGGUCUGACUUUCUUAGGAAUGACUUCCUGAGCGAAAAACUAUCGGAUGCAAUCAAAAAUCGUAAAAAGAUUCAACUUAAAAUGUGGAAUUCAUGAUACAUUUUUGCAAAAGUAUGUUUCUUUUCCUUACAAUUGCAUUAAGAAGUUCAAAAAUGAUCAAAUUCAAGUCUUAGAAAGUAGCUUGGUGAGAAAAAUAUAUUUUGUAUGGGACUGUUAUGCUAGUAGAUUCGGAAAAGGUUUCAAAUAUGGUCGAUUAACAGUCCUAUAAUGAAUAAAAAUGGCGCUCUCGACCUUACCAAUAACCCAAUUUCGAAAAUUUCAGGCCUAACGAUUUAUUAUGACAACCGAGAAACGAUUUUCGUUUAUGCUGAAAGUGGUGGUCACAAGUUAAAAAUAUAUUCCAAAACAGAAAAAGCUGAUUGUCUCGCUUGCUUAUUUUUGUAUAUGGGACUGUUAUGAAAGAAGGGGCGGUAGAUUGUUGCAGCUUAACUGACUUCAUGUUAUAUCCAAAAAUCUAUUAAAGUAUUUGUUUAUACCCAGUUUUGCACCAGGUCACAACAAGUUAUGCACAUUUUACUGUCAUUUUUAGAAGUUUAUGCGCUAAGUUUUGCAUCCGUAAUUCCUCAGAUUUGAUUUAAAAUGGACGGUGGAACACUGAAGAUUCGUGUGUGAGCGAUCGAGGUAGCAAAACGCUGAAGACGAAUUAUGUUCGUUCUAGUAUGGUAAACCUCAAAACUGGGCGAAUGUAGAAAACGAAUACGGUAAAAGUAUCAUAUUUUCAUCAUUUUACAGCCUGGGCUGGCCAUACCGAGCUCUUUGAUUAUUUCUACAAAAUUUGUGCCACUUUCUCAUACUUUUUUGAUCAAUGGGAAAGAAUUGUGGUGUCCAGUGCUUAGCUCCCGAUACAAAAACUAUGUCACUAUAGCACGUCUAUAUUUCAUUUUUUUAAUCACAUUUUUGUGAUCCCAAACACUGGAACUGAACCUUCCACUAUUGGCAUUGAUUAUGCUUCACAAUGAUCUUUGAUCGAAAAAUUAAUAAGUUACAUAGUUUGUGACCAGGUUGUAAAAGCAACAUUCCCAUUAUUAGUUAUAUCACUCAAACAAUACGAUACUCAAAAUUUUGGUUAAAAUUCAAAGUCAGUUUUGCUGCAAACAAUCUACAAAGCACGAAAAAGUAGUGUUUUUUACCUGCUUUGGUAAGUUCUUUUGUUUCCAUGUUGUUAGAAGUGCUUGCUAUCUCCAUAUGUGAGUGCAGUUGUUCGACCAUUGUUUGUUUUCGAUACAAAAAAAGGGAUUUAUUGUCAUUAUUUCUUUCAUAACUCUUCAAGGUGUUAAUGGCCCACUUUGGUGUCUUCAGAUGAAAGUUGCAUCAUGAAUCGAGCUACACAAUGGUAUUUUUUGCAAAAUAUUCGGUGGUGCAGACGGUACUUUUAGACGCCAUUUAAAGUUUAUUUACAACUUUUCAUAUUGAAGGUCAUUAUUUAAUUUUUUUCAACUAUUCUAUUUGGAAAGCUGAUAAAAUUUCAAUGCAUUUUGAUGUGCUAUUUUAUAAUUUCCGUUGAGAAACAACGGAGUUAUGUAGCUUUGAAAAAUGGUUAUUUUUUAUUUACAAAAAAAUCUAACCGAAGCUAACUCAAAAAAUAAAAAUGUUAGAAAUCUGAAAAAAUACAUGUGUUUUUAAGUCGCAAAAAUGAACCAAAUUUUCAAUUUUGGGGAAAAUCUGAAGACCCCUGGCGCAAAUUGUCAGAUAAUAAAAAAAAAUCCCCAGCUCAAAAUCCAGAACGAAAAAAUCAGAAAUUAGAACUCAGAAUUUGGAACUCACAAUUCACAACUCAUAAAUCAAAGCUCAGAAUUAAAAACCCAGAGUUCAGAACUUCAUAAUUCAGAAUAUAGAACGCAGAAUUCAGUACUUAGAAUUCAUAGCUCAGAAUUCUUAACUCAUCAUUUUAAUCUCAGAAUACAGAACUCUGAAUACACAGAAUUCAAAUUAAAGUACUCAAAAUUUGGAACUUAGAAUCCAGAGCUCAGAACUCAGAAUUCAGAACAACGUAAAACUCAGAAUUCAAAAUUCAGAACGCAGAAUUCGGUAUUCGGAACUCAGAUUUAGGAAUUCAGAAUUCAAAGCUCGGAAUUCAGAACUCAAAAUUUAGAACUAAUAAUUAUGAAUUCAGAACUCAGGGUUUUUAACUCAAAAUUUAUAACUAAAAAAACGCCUGAUUCAGAUCUCUGAUACUGAACCCAGAAUUCAGAACGAAAAAAUCUGAAAAAAGAUUGCAGAGCUCAGAAUCCCGAACGAAAAAAUUAAGAACUUCUAACUCAAACUUCGGAACUCAGAACUCACAAUUCAGAAUUCAUAAAUCAAAGCUAAGAAUUAAGAACCCAGAGUUCAGAAUUCAUAAUUCAGAAUAUAGAACGCAGAGUUCAGUACCUAGAAUUCAUAACUCAGAAUUCUUAUCAUAGAAUUCUGUACUCAGAAUACACAGAAUUCUAAAUUGAGAACACAGAAUUGUGAUCUUAAAAUUUAGUAUUAAGAAUUCGGAAUUCCAAGCGCGGAAUUCAGAACUCAAAAUUUAGAACUAAUAAUUAUGAAUUCAGAACUCAGAAUUCAAAACUCAGAGUUUUGAACUCAAAAUUCAUAACUAAGAAAACGCCUAAUUCAAAACUCAGAAUACCGAACACAGAAUUCAGAACGAAAAAACUUGAUAAAAGAUUUCAGAGCUCAGAAUCCAUAACGAAAGAAUCAGAACGUAGAACUCAGACUUCGGAGCUCAGAAUUCAGAUCACACAAUUCAGAGUUGAUAAAUCAAAGUUCAGAAUUAAGAACCCAGAGUUCAGAACUUCAUAAUUCAGAAUAUAGAACGCAGAAUUCGAAACUUAGAAUUUAGAAUACAGGAUUCAAAGCUCGGAAUUCAGAACCAAUACUCACAGUUUAGGAUUUAGAUCUCAGAAUUUUGAACUCAGAGUUCAGUGCUCAGAAUUCCGAACUUAGAAUAUCAGAACACAUAAUUCGGAACAUAGAACUCGCAAUUAAGCAUUCAACUCAGAAUAAAGAACUCAGAAAUCGAAUUCAGGAAUUAAAAUCAAAAUUUAUAUUGAGGAUUUAGUUUGAGGAUUAAGAUUCGAAAUUCAGAUUCAGAAUUCAGAUGGAGGAUUCAGAAUUUAGUUGCACAUAGAAAAAUUGACACUCGGAAAUCAGAUUUAGAAUCCAGAAUUCGAUUACAGAAUUUGGGUCAAGAAUUUAGUGUUCAGAAUUCAGAACGCAGGUUCAGAGAUUACCUUAAAACUGAGAAGAAGAUACUCGCCACUUCUGAAUCAUGAUUUGUUGCUGUCUCAUUUUAUGAGUAGACCACAUAAAGAGAAGAGAAAAAGGUUACCGGUUUCUUAAUUGACUUGCUAAACACGCCAAAUUUCGUGUAUGUAUCUACCCCAGUCGUUCACGAAUUAUGUAAAUCUGAAAGCAAGAAAGAAAUUCGGGAAUUUGCGUGUUUCCCUUCUGUGAUUCGUCGGAAAGAAUGCUCUAUUCGGAGUUAUUUAUUUAUAUUCCUUUUUUGACACCGUCUAGACUCGUAUUCGGCUAUUUUGAUUCUAAAAAAAGGCAAAAUUCUAAAUUUCAAUUUUCAAAUUUCAUUCUGCAUUGUAAGUUGAAUAUUUAUUUUUGAAUUUCUUGAAGCCAUUGAAAUAGGUAUUUUAAUCAGGUCUGAUUUUUAAUAAUAGGUUGAUUUUGGUCCUUCGAACCGGAUUCUUUCUAAAUGAAGUUAAAUCAUCUAUGGAACCAAGUUUUAAACGGAAAGAAUCAUGUGGCUAACACCAGACAAGAUUAACAAAAGGGACAAGCAAAAAUCUUCAUUCUUAAGAACAAUAAUGAAUGUUUGCAUUGAUUAUUUAAAAAUAUUUAUAAUUUUCUAUUCUCGUGGAUCCUUGCCACUUUUUUCGUUCUCUAACCGACCUUUUCGUCAGCAAGUAAAAUCCCUUCAGCUAAAAUACCAGUGAACUCUCACCCGAAUACCAAUCACGUGGUGGUUAAAGAAACGCAAAACUUAAAACGGACAGUCGCAGGCAGAAGCUUAGACAGUUGAUCUGAUUGGUUGUCUUCUAAAAGUGAACCAAACAUUCCUGAAAAAUGAAACAUUUGAGCAGAAAACAAAGACAGGAAACUCUAUAUGCACUUAAACAAGAAAGCGGAAAAUAACAACAAAACUAACAUCAAAAAACGAAACUAACACCAUCAGCAAGCAUCAAGCAAAAAAAACAGCAAAUCUUCUAGCGUGAGAGACGAGGGCGAUUUAAUGAAAAAAUUUGAAAUUAUACAAGCAAAACAAAUCAAACGAUAAAUAAAUCAAAUAUCGAUUAAAUGAAUUGGGUGAGUAAAUCUAUUGAAUUAAACAAACCAAAAAUAAAAAGAUAACAUGAAUUUUUUGCUAGCACUUAGGUUUUCAACAGUGUCAAAAAAUCAGUAGCACACUAAACGAAAUAUGCAAAACAAGACCCAAAAAUAAAAAUAGAAUUAGUAUCAGUUUUUCUAUUGUUGAAUGUUUGUCAAGUUUAACAGUACAACACACUAAGCGAGUUUGAACCCAUCACAAAGGUCCGUUUUCUGAUUGUUCGUUCUGAGAAAAUAAAAAGAGAAACAGUAAAAAAUUACUAAAUAGGUCACCAACUACAAACACGUUAGUAAGAAAACAGAAAAAAAAACAAUAUCAGCAAUAAACAUGGAAAUUUAUAAAACAAAAGAGAACAUCAUCACUCAUACUGUUGAAAAUUGAGCUAAUUGAAGUACUGCACACUCACUCACAAUCAUCGUCAUUUUAGAAGCACAAUCAAUUACUUCAAUUCAAUCGAAAAGUUUGGAAAAGAUUUCGUAACCAGAUAAGCUAGUGAAAAGCAUAAUCACUCAACAUCCUUCAUUCACAUAGCAAAAUAAUAAUUGAAAAAAAAGAAACACAAUCAAAAUCGCGUGUUAAGGUUAAAAAAACCUAAAUAACUCACAUUCCCAAAUCAUGCAAAUCAAUCGAGAUAAUCUGAGUUCACUGUAAAUACAAUAAUCACAAUCAAUAUAUUUCUCUCCCGCAGUAUUAGUUAUAAUAAAUUUAUCGAUAACAUAUUUGGUGUAACAUAACCCGUCAUAGUUAUAAACAUAAAUGAAUCCUCUCAAAAGAAUUUUCUCUUUUCCCAAUCUUGAAUUGACAACCCAAUUCAUUGAAAUUUUUUCUCUCAUUCUUGUUCCCCACCCGAGUGAAGCAACACUUUCAAUCACCUUAAACCACGUGGCGGCUCAGAAAAAAAAACCGCCUACUUUCACCUGUCUGGCUUCUCACAUAUCAUACACACACGCACACACACAAAAAAACUAAACACUUAACAAUAUUUGGAAAACUAAAAACAACUAUUUUCUCAUAGCUUUUUCCAUCUCUUUUUUCUGUUCACCUUGACAAAUGAAAUGCUCAAUUUAACAUUUUUUCAGCAACGCGCUUCAGUCGACUAUAAACAAUCAUUGUUAGAAAAUAUUUACUUGUCACUCUUGAAGAUCACAAACACAAAGAACAACUAAAAAACCAACAAACAACAACUUCAUGCAUAAAUGUGCGUUAGGCUUUCUUAUCGAACACACAACUACAUACCAAAAUAUAUAAAACAAGAAUAAACACUAUUUUUAACUGCUAUCGCGCAGCUAUCACAAAACACUAUAGUAAAAAAAAGAAACAUGCGACAUUAAAACAAUAAAUAAACACAUACACAUCAUCAUCAGAAAAGAAAAUGCAUAAAAAGAUGAAAACCAAAUCGAUCAAACAUCACAUAUUUAAUGUAAACGAUACACACACUUACACAAGAAUACAUUCGUAAUAAAAAUGAAAAAAAACUUAUACUAGUAAAAUGAAUCCGCUACUUAAUAGCUGAAUGUUUUCAUGGGUAUUCAACACAGUCGUGAGAGAAGAAGCCACCAAACAUCAGUGCUAAAAGCAAAACGUUUGUAUUUCUUUUCUAAACGAUGUUGCCAUAUUAGACAAAAAAAAAGAAACAACAGCAAAAUGGCACAAUGUUAUACAGAAAUGAUUUGAGGUGACACUUGUAAACACAAAAAUCUAAACAAACAUGAUAAAAAUGACCAAGAAACAAAGUUUUGAAACAUGACCUGGAAAGAUCAUCUGAAGAAAUAGAAAAACCUUAAAAACAAGAAAACAAAUGGUAAUGAAAUGAGCACACCCAUAAACAGAAAACCAGUUACACACACUCACACACGCAAACUCACACGUACACAUCAAGUGGAUAAUGGAUAGGAAACAUGAAAACAAUAAACUUUACAAGUUCA